AUGGCACUGGCGCUGCCAAUCUUCUUUGCCUUGCUCUUUGUCCUGCUGUGUGUCCUGGGGAUCCUGGCCAAUGGCUUCAUCGUGCUGACGCUGAGCAGAGAGAGGCUGCUGCGCGGUAGGCUGCUCCCCUCGGACAUGAUUCUCCUUGGCUUAGGUGCUUCCCGUUGUAGCCAGCAGUGUCUUGGGCUGGUGUACAGCUUCUACUAUUCCUUCCACCUGGUUGACUUCUCCAAGAGUCUUGCCAGACAGCUCAUUUCUCUACACUGGGAAUUUUUCAACUCAUCCACCUUCUGGUUUGCUGCCUGGCUCAGUGUCCUGUUCUAUGUAAAAAUUGCUAACUUCUCCCAUCCCGCCUUCUUCUGCUUGAAGUGGAGGCUCCCAGCAUCGGUGCCCUGGCUCCUGCUGGGUUCUGUCCUUAUUUCCCUCACGGUAGUGCUGCUGUUCUUUGGGGGGAACUUUGUGUAUGAUGAGGAAAUUUUAACAAGCAAACUUUCUGGAAACCUGACUGAGAAGGAAUGGAACAGGAAGCUGGAAAUUCGCUAUUUCAUGCCUCUGAAACUUGUCAUGAUGUCAAUUCCAUGCUCUCUCUUUCUUCUCUCGAUUUUGCUGUUGAUUGGUUCUCUGAGGAAACACAGCCUGAGAAUGCAGGACAAUGCCCACAACCCUCAGGGUUGCCGCAACCAGGUUCACACCAGAGCUCUAAAGUCCCUCUUCUCCUUCCUUGUUCUCUAUGCUCUGUCUUUUGUGUCCCUGAUCAUUGACGCUACAGUCUUUAUCACCUCAGACAGUAGGUGGUACUGGCCUUGGCAGAUCUUAAUGUAUCUGUCCAUUUCUAUCCAUCCCUUCAUCCUCAUCAGAAGCAACCUCAAGCUUCGAGGCAUGUUCAAGAAGCUAUUGCUCUUGUGCAGGGGCUUCUGGGUGACCUAGGUAGCACAAUUUCCUAAUCUAAACUCCCAGAAGAGACUCAAAGGAGGGAUCAGAGCUGAGCUCACCUACAUAGUAAUGUCCUCAAAGACAGAUGAGCAGUAAAUCAUGCCAUGGGAUUCCUCCUCUCGGAAGGAGAGAAAAGAGGAAAAUCUAGGUACUCUCUGAACAUGUUUCAUUUCCUUGGCAAACUAUUCAAAUGGACCCAUAUUAACCCUGGACAGCUAGGGACCAUCCAGAAGUUCAGAAUAUACAAUUUUGUGAUACUUUUAUGUCUAUAUUCCCUUUGUUAUCUGGAAGCCUUCAGUUAAAAAGUCUA